AUAGCGCAGCGAGGCAAACCCGUAACUUUCUAUCAAACUUCUAAGUUGCCUCUCGGGCGAGGACGCCACGGCAAUUUUGAAUUUAACCGAAGGGAAUACAUCUUCCGUGAAGAUAAGGAGCAGCGCUGCGCCACUGUGUUUCGGACUUAGGACCUUGUACGAGUUAAACAAAAGGGGGGAAACCCGCUCUGUAUUGUGUGACAUCUAAUGCUUGAAACAGAAAGGAGAAAAGGAUUUUGAAUUUGGAUUGAAGAGAGUGCCAAAUGGUGUAGCAGACACAGUCAAAGAAGCAGUAUGCUGGCAUGAGUGCAGAAGAGGUGGGCCUGUCCCGUCACGUGUUCCUCCUGUGCAUUGAUUCAUCCAAAGAAUCAACUUGCCCAUGAAGUUCCACAACGGUAUCCCACCGCUGAGGCAUCCAUGCCCACCUGCUAAGUGCCUUUAGCCUUUGGCACUGGUGUCAUGACCAGCCUGAAGCGCCCACCCAUGGAGCGCACCGUUGGGGGUUCCAUCCCCGCCACCGAUGAGUUCUACACACGCCACCUCCGCAUAGUGAAUGGGGGGGCUGUGCCAGCCCGCACAGACAAUGUCCACCCCCCUCCAGGCACAGGAGUGCCGAAAAUGGGGGUACGGGCACGGGUGGCUGAUUGGCCCCCCAGGAAAGAUGCUGGAGGGGCCUUGUGGCAUCCAGCUAUGGAGCCCGACAGCCCUGUAGUACAGGGUGUGCCCUCUGUUGUACAGAGUCAUGUUAAGUUAGGCCAUUUAAUUAGCCCUCAGGACUCGUCUAUGCUGCGUAACAUCCACAACACUUUAAAAAACCGAACCCAGGCUCAGGCCAACAACUAUAGCCCUGAUACCCGUUACCUGGCCCCAGGAGACUACCGAGGCCCUGCACACAGGAACCCACGCCAGAGACGCAUUCGUCAGCGCAGCAACAGUGACAUGACCAUCAGCGAGCUGGAGGGCAGUGGGGACAGUGGAGAGGACUGGGGGCCACCACCAGGGGCCAAGUGGUCCCCUCUCCACCGCGAGUAUGGUAGCACUUCCUCAAUAGACCAGCAUGGAGCAUCUGGACAGAGUUUCUUUGACAUGCUGAAAGGCUACCAAGGGGAGAAGGCUGACCAGCGUAGCCCUGCUCCAGAGAAGCUGGAGGACCUGCUUAAUGUGGGGGCCAAGCAGGCCACCAUUGACCUUCAGGAGGAUGUCACAGAGACACAGACUCCUAAAGCCAAGGACCGAGAGAAGCCUCACAAGAGACGCACUAAAUCUGAGACAGGGGGUGAGUCAAUUUUCCGGAAACUUCGGAAUGUGCGUGGGGAGUCGGAUUCCCCCAGGGCAGGGUCUGAUAUAGAGGACAGUCGGUCAGAGGAGAUGUGUCCCCCUCUGAAGCCCUGGGUGUGUCAGAAAGGCUUUGCCCACUAUGAUGUUCAGAGCAUGGUGUUUGACCUCAAUGAGAUCAUCCAAUUGCGACAGACUGCAAGUAAGAGGAAGAACACCACCACAGGAGCAUCUGCUGCGGCUGCAGCCUCGACCACCUCCACCCUGUCCUCCACCAACAGCCUGCCCUAUAGCUCCCCUGGUGGCAGCCAGGAAGAGCUCAGCGCCAGGGACAGCCCCGGACUGGAAGCAGGGGAUGAGCAGAGCAACGAGAUGCUGCUAAGCUGCCCCUGCUUCCGCAACGAGAUUGGUGCAGAUGGCACUGGACGGCGUAGAUUGGGAGCAGGUGGGGCAGGGCCCCAUGGGCUGAUGGGUGGUGGAGCGGGUAACAGUGGCUCAGGGAAUCUGAGUGGGGAGGGAAACUUGUAUGAAACUUCUGUUAGCCCUCACUGCACCAAUGCUGGGGUAGCAGUGCUUGAGGGACCAAAGGAAGGUCCCAGCACACUCAGUGAAAAGGGCAAGCAAUACAUUGUGGAGCAUGUGGACCUGGGAGCCUACUACUACAGGAAGUUCUUCUACCUUAGGGAGCACUGGAACUACUUUGGGAUGGAUGAGGCACUUGGUCCGGUGGCAGUGAGCUUGCGCAGAGAGAAGCUGGAGGAGGACAAGGAGCAUGGCCAGCAGUAUAACUACCGCCUCAUCUUCAGAACUAGUGAGCUGACCACUCUUCGAGGCUCUGUCCUUGAGGAUGCAGUGCCCUCCACCUCUAAGCAUGGUACUACCCGGGGGUUGCCCAUUAAAGAGGUACUGGAGUACGUUCUGCCUGAGCUAGAUGUGCCCUGCCUCAGAUUGGCCCUCAACACGCCCAAGGUCACCGAGCAGCUGAUGAAACUGGAUGAACAAGGGCUGAGUUUCCAGGUUAAGGUGGGGGUGAUGUACUGCCGAGCAGGCCAGAGCACCGAGGAGGAGAUGUACAACAACGAGACAGCCGGCCCGGCCCUGGAAGAGUUCCUCCACCUGCUGGGGGACAAGGUCCGGCUCAAGGGCUUCACCAAGUACCGGGCCCAGCUGGACACCAAAACGGAUUCCACAGGCCUUUACUCCUUGUACACGACAUACAAGGACUACGAGAUCAUGUUCCAUGUGUCGACGCUGCUGCCUUACACGCCCAACAACAAACAACAGUUGCUGAGGAAGCGCCACAUAGGCAACGACAUAGUGACCAUCGUGUUCCAGGAGCCUGGCGCCCACCCCUUCACCCCCAAGGCCAUCCGCUCCCACUUCCAGCAUGUCUUCAUCAUCGUCCGAGUGCACAACCCCUGCUCUGACAGCACGUGCUAUAGUGUGGCUGUCACCCGUUCCCAGGACGUGCCCUCCUUCGGUCCCCCCAUUCCCAAGGGCGUGACAUUCCCCAAAUCCACUGUCUUCAGGGACUUCCUGUUGGCCAAAGUCAUCAACGCUGAGAACGCCGCCCACAAGUCAGACAAGUUUGGAGCCAUGGCAACCCGCACACGACAGGAGUACCUACGGGACCUCGCAGAGCGUCACGUGACCAGCACCCCAGUAGAGCCGACCGGGAAGUUCCCCUUCAUUUCUCUGGCCCACAAACGACGGGAAAAGGUGCGUCCCUACAGCGGGGCGGAGCUGCGGAGCUUGGGGGCGGUGACCUGGCAGGUCCACGCCGAAGACCAGGUGGCUGGAGCCGAGCGCGAAUGCCUCUUGGCCAUUUCCAAUGACUUCAUUAUCUUACUAGACCAGGAGGCCAAGGCGGUCGUGUUCAACUGUGCCACACGUGAUGUGAUUGGUUGGUCAUCUGGGAGCCCCGCCUCAAUGAAGAUCUACUACGAGCGUGGUGAGAGUGUGUCACUGCGCUCCAUCAACAACAACACAGAGGAUUUUGGAGAGGUGGUCAAAAGACUGGAGCUGUUGACCAAGGGCAGUCAGACCACAGAGAUGACCCUGCGCCGGAACGCCCUUGGCCAGCUAGGAUUCCAUGUCAACUUUGAGGGCAUUGUGGCAGAGGUGGAGCCCUAUGGCUACGCAUGGCAAGCUGGACUCAGGCAAGGCAGCCGACUAGUAGAAAUCUGCAAGGUGGCUGUGGCCUCGCUGUCCCACGAGCAGAUGAUCGACCUGCUCCGAACCUCUGUCACGGUCAAAGUGGUCAUCAUUCCCCCGCAUGAAGACUCGACACCUCGCAGAGGGUGUUCGGAAAUCUACCACAUGCCACUAGUCGACUACAAGAACCACAAGGAGGGCAUGCCCUACGAAUUCAAGUUCCCCUUUCGCACCGGCAACAACAACACCAAAUGGCCACGCACUUCAUCCAGUCCCCAGACACGCACUGGUGGUUCGGGGGGAACUCUGAUCAAGGCCCCACCUUCAGACUUCACUGACCGAAAUGCUGCUGCCAUCCCUCGCAGUGUGUCCAGCGAUGGACGACCCCUCAACCCCAAAAGCAGAUAUUCCCCAGGAAAUGACAACUACGCUCUGGCCUGUUCCAUUGUGAUGGGACGUUCACUGCACAACGCAAACUCCCCCUCCAGUCUCCCCUACACAGAAAGCAGCACUAUGGGCUCCAACCACUGGAGACAGAAGUCCAUGCCUGAUGGGUUUAAUAACAACAAUCGCCACUCACCAGUGUCAUCUGAGCGGCAGGUAGUGGGUGAGGGCGUUAAUGGAAUCAAAGCCGCCACCGGUACUGGCUCUGGUGUCGGAUGGGUCAGGACAGGAGACGGGGAAGCAUCCAACAGACUGGGGGACAAAACCAGUUCAGACCCCGCAGUCUCCAAGGCAGUGAUGCCUCGACUCCAGCAGCCGGAGCAGACUGGCCACAUGUCUCCUAACAAGAGUAAUAAGGCGGACACUCUGUAUUCAUCCAGCCAGUCCAGUAGCAACACACUUUCCAGCAAUGCCUCCAGCUCCGCCCACAGUGAUGAAAAAUGGUACGAAGGCGGCUCACGGUCAGGGGUGCGGAGUGACCUCGAGCUCAACGGCUAUCUCCAGGGGACCUCCGCUGACAGUGGUAUUGAUGCCACUUCCUUCACCGCCACCCAAAGCAGCACAGCCUCCUCCACCGGUGCCUUCCGCGCCAAAGACAAGAUACCCUGGCAGGAUGACCCGGGAGGCAGCCGCAGGACCGCCAAUACUUCCUCUCCUACACCAGACUCUCUGGUCUCUGUGGGAGGAGCUGAGAUCCCGGCCAAAAGCCCCUCAGCUUUCCCCCUCGCUCUCGAUAGCGGCUCGUACACCCUGAGCGAUGGCGCCUCCCACUCCAGCACUCAGAGCUCUGGUCACUCAGGGAGCCCCAUGGGCCAGGGCUGCAGCCCCGGAUCCCCACAGGAGGAGGCAGCCGCUAAAGCCACAUCCCCCACUUGCCAGAACUCCCAUUCCCCAGGGCCCAAGAGCUUCUACCCCCGCCAAGGCGCGACCUCCAAGUACCUGAUUGGCUGGAGAAAACCUGGGGGCACCGUCAAUUCUGUGGACUUUGGCAACACUCGCAAACGUCACCAAAGCGACGGUCUGCUGGGUGGCCAGCCCCAGCUCAGGGCCAAUCUUCGGGGCUCCCAGUCCCCCCAGCGUAACGCCCCAAAGUCCAGCCUGGAAGAAGACCUGAAGAAGCUCAUCAUGCUUGACAGCCCUCCACCCACUGCAAACGAAGACAAGCCAUUAUUCCCCGGCCCGCCCCCAAGUCGCCGCUCCCUGCAGAGGACCCUAUCAGAUGAGAGCAUCUACAGCGGGCAGAGGGAGCCUUCCUUCUGCAGCGGGCAGCGCGACACACCCACCGACCUGCUGUUCAGCUGCUCCACCAUGCCACGCUCGCCCACCUCCCGCCACACACAGAGCCGACGAGCAUCACACAAGUCCCUGGGAGACCUGUCAGCCACGGAGAGCUUGGCGGUGGAGCAGGAGAAGAAGAGGCAGCAGCUGCAGGAUCCUGUCCUCAUGCCCCUGCCUGACACCGGGGCAGACCGCCCGCUGGACUGGGCCCACCUGGUGGACGCUGCCAAGGCCUUCGAGGAGCAGAGGCUAAUCCUGCUAGCGGCCCAAGAGGAGAGUGCCAGGGCUGAGAGCACGGCCCCCACCACCAGCAGCAGCAGCCCCCAGCAGGCCGAGCCUCAGGCGGCCCCUGUGAGGCAGCCCUCGCCCGAUGAGACUCCAGCCUGUUUGAUGGGCAAGGUGAGCCAGCUGGAGUCCAUGGUCAAGCUGCUACAAGACGACCUGAAGAAGGAGAAGGAUGCCAAGGCGUCACUACAGGCCCAGAUUCAGAGCCUGCGAGAGGACAACCAGCGUCUCCAGGAGGAGUCCUACAGCGCCUCGGCUAAGCUCAAGAAGUUUACCGAGUGGGUCUUCAACACCAUCGACAUGAACUGACCCGCACCAGCACCGACUGCUCACCACUACUCAAGUUGAUGUGAAACUCAUCAGUUGUUCAAAGCUCUACAGACAAUAGGCCAAGGUCUGUCAUCAUCCAAGCGGGCUCCCCGAGCGCCCGCCAAUACCCGGAGCUUCACUCGCCACAUGAACUGUAGCGCUCACGCUCUGACAAGCCAGUGCUGACACGGACUAACCUGCCAUCCUUCUUCAGCUUUUUGUGGAUCUUUCAUUCAGUCGCCAUGAAAGAUUGAGGGCAUCUUAUUGGGAAGAACAUAGGACGGGAGUUUAAAAAAAAAAAAAAAAAAAAAAGGAGUGGAGGUGUAGAAGGUUUGAUCAGCAUGCAGUCCCUUCCCCUGGGAUUUUCUGGAUGAUGUGUUCCUUUGUGUCCAGUCUAAUGGAUUGUAGGUAUCCAUGCAUGUCCGAGAGAACAAGAUGCUGAACACAACCCUAGGGAUUUAAAGUGAACGCCCUGUUAAACUCCUUUAAUUUAGCUGCCCCUCUAACUCAAUAACAGGUGAACACAUGUUUUAAAGUACAAUUUGCCAACACAUUUUCAAAUGCACUCAUGCCAGUUGCUCCACAUGAAUUCUGCCGAUAGAGGUUGAUGCUUUCCAAGGGUUAGGUGACAGUGUGUUGUGGAUUUAUCACCGUCUAGAUAUUGUUCAGUUUUCCCAAAUUUAUAAGAACAGCACUGAUUUUUUUUUUUUUUUUUUUUUGCUUAACAAAAAGAAAACAAGCUAUUAGAGAUGUUGGGAGGUGUCCCCCCCCAUACAAGAUGUCAUUAUUUCUUCCUAGCAGUGUGUGUAGGUAGACACAGACAGAAUCUUGAUUGAUGAGGUUGAUAGCACAUAUUGUAAACACUGUAAGGUCAAGUGCGCGUCUGUGUUUCUUCUGUAAAAGAUUGUACAAGUGUAUCAAAUGUACGAUUUAUAGAGGGUUAUCGCAAGUAAACGUUUUAUAGGACUACUGGUCACAAGCUGAUAAAAAAAAUAUAUAUAAAUAUAUAUAUUGUGAAAACAGAACAAUAUGGGUGCCAUAAAGAGUUUGAAAGUUGAGCGUCACUUAUUCAGAUUUGUCUUGUAAAUAUCUAUAAUUUUAACAUGUAUUUUGUCACCUCUGCCCUGGAUGCUAUCUGUAAAGAGUAUUUAUGAUGAAGAGGAUAGCCAAGAAAACACAAAACAACAGCUAAAGGCAAUUCCACAUCUGCAUUAACUCAUCACAGUCAGUAUGAGGGGUUGGCUGUGUAAAUAAACUAGAAACAGAGGAGAUGCUCUAAUUAAAAAAAAAAAAAAAUAGAAAUAAUAAGUUUAUUAUUAUUUCUCCUAAAAGUGUGAUAGUAAAGCCCAAGCCUUGCCUGCUGCGAUGGAUUGAUUGACAGUGCCACCUAGUGUUGACACCAAGUAAAAUGUAACAUGGAACUGACCCCCGUCCUUCAUCCAUAGCAUGCUUAAAGGCCCCACCGGAGAAAUCUGAUCCUCGAUGCUCUCAGUAGAUUAAAUCGGUACUGAUCAGUACGUAACAACAUAAAAAUGUUGUGUAAAUCCUGAAAUUCCAGCUACAGCGCUGUCUGUAGCACAUAAUUCUGCUUGUAAGCCCAACCUGAAUUUGAUCUUUAGAUGAAAGCUGUGGCAUUAUAUGAGACAGAGUCCCUGUUUAAGCCUCUUUACUGUGCCCUUUUAUGCCCUGAUACUGUACAACCUGUAUAUAAGAGAGACGACUUUGAUGCUCAUCUCAAUUUGCACCUUCAUUCUUUUUUUUUAAGAUUAUUUUUUAAUGCAUUUCUGCUCUGUUAGCUCCAAUACAGUGGAGAGAGUUGGGAGAGAUGGCCAGGGGAUGACACGGGACAGAGAUCAUUUAGCCGGACUCGAACAGAGGACGAAAUGAGCCCCAGGCCCCUAUACAGCGGAUCACCCCUGCACCUUCAUUCUUAACAUGUGUGACAGCAUGUGAUUCUAUUUCCUUGGAGCUGUGAUGUGUAAAAAAAAAAAAUGUUUAUAUCCAUUAAAGAUAUUUUGUUGAAUUACA